AUGGUAGCUCUCUCUCUCUCUCCCUCCCUCUCCCUACUGCAGACCUCGCAACGGCCAGCCCCAGUCUUGUGCCGCUUCGGAUCCAUGUGGCAAGUGCUCUGGCCACGUGAGGUCCAACAUGGCGAAGAGGCAGAUGGUGCAUGUCCGCGCACAGACGUGAGUGUGCUGCUGGAGAAGGCGCUCCAGCAGUUUCGCGAAGAUCUGGUGCUCGAGCUGCAGCACAUCCGCCACGACAUCACGAAGGAUUUUGCUGGCUUGCGCGAGGAUCUGCUCAAGAACUUCCCACACAAGCAGGACACACAUGAUCAGCUUGGCGACGAAACGGACGUCCCCAUGAACAUAUCUGACAUCACGGAUGCAUCGAGUAUGCAACAGAUCUGUCAGGAUGCGCAGAUGGAAUGGACGAUGGAGGCGGAGAAGGAAGAUGCUGUGCGCAGCCAGGCAAAGGUGCUUGAGUUUCACAUGGAUGUCGACGAUGAGGAGGCAUGGGGCGAUUUGGGGCCAAACGUUGUUCCAACCCCUUUCGAUGUUACAAUCUCAAAGCAGGAGCAAUAA